AUGAACCUCAACUUCACCUCGCCCGCCAUGGCCCCCAGGCCGACCUCCUUCUUUAUCGAGGACAUCCUGCUCCAUAAGCCCAAGCCCAUGCGGGAAGGAGGCCCCGAGCCUUUCCACGGAGCCCUGGCCUCACGGGUGCCUCUGCUGGACUAUGGGUACCCGCUGAUGCCUCCCCCGGCCAUUUUGGCCCCUCACCCGCAUCAUCCGCUCCACAAGCCCGACCACCAUCACCCCUAUUUCUUGACCACUUCGGGGGUGCCCAUGCCGGCGCUCUUCCAGCCCCACCCGCACGCGGAGCUGCCGGGCAAGCACUGUCGCCGCCGGAAAGCCCGCACGGUUUUCUCCGACUCGCAACUUUCCGGCUUGGAGAAGCGGUUCGAAAUCCAGCGCUACCUGUCCACGCCGGAGCGCGUCGAGUUGGCCACGGCGCUCAGCCUCUCCGAGACUCAGGUGAAGACCUGGUUCCAGAACCGGCGGAUGAAACACAAAAAGCAGCUGCGGAAGAGCCAGGACGACGCCAAAGCGGCCGGGGCCGAGGGGGCCGACCUGGCGCCCGGAGACCCCGAGCUGGACCCGCCGGGCCAAGCCAGCGCCUCCCAAGCGGCCACUUCGACCUCCGAGGUCCGCCCAAGCGGCCCCGCGCCGCCCUUCCUGCUGGACGAGCACGAAGACGAGGUGGACAUCAUCGAGGGGGGGGAGCUGUGCGGGCCUCAGCACCUCAUUUAA